CAGGGCGUGGUGGGAGACGGGCCUCACUGUCACAACCCCCCAGCCUCGUGCCCCUGGGGGUCCCCAGCGCUACACCAUCCGCCCACAGCCCCAGGGCCUCUGUCAGGACCUAUCUUCAGCCCGUGACUCGGUUUCCCCAGGGGGCUUUGCUCCCUGCUCUCUCUGCCUGACCUGGGCAAGCACAGCGGUGCUGCCUGCUCUGCUCCAGGGACACCACCGCGACACCCUGGUACUGACCCUGCGGGUCGCCCCAUGGGGCGGUGACGCCGCGGUCAACUCGGGAGCCAUGUGGCCCAACGGCAGCCUCCCCGGGCCGUGCUUCAGGCCGAUGAACGUCACCAUCACCGCGCAGGAGCGGCGCCUCAUCGCGUCGCCCUGGUUCGCCGCGUCCUUCUGCGUGCUGGGCCUGGGCUCCAACCUGCUGGCCCUGAGCGUGCUGGCCGGGGCGCCCGCGCCGCGCUCGUCCUUCCUCACGCUGCUGUGCGGCCUGGUCCUCACCGACUUCCUGGGGCUGCUGGUCACCGGUGCCAUCGUGGUGGCGCAGCACGCGGCGCUGUUCGCCUGGCAGGCGGCCGACCCCGGCUGCCGCCUCUGCCACUUCAUGGGGGUGGCCAUGGUCUUCUUCGGGCUGUGCCCGCUGCUGCUGGGCACCGCCAUGGCCUCGGAGCGCUUCGUGGGCAUCACGCGGCCCUUCUGGCGGCCCGCGGCCCCGGGGCGUCGCGCCUGGGCCACCGUGGCGCUGGUGUGGCUGGCGGCGCUGACGCUCGGGCUGCUGCCGCUGCUGGGGCUCGGCCGCUACUCCGUGCAGUGGCCGGGCUCCUGGUGCUUCCUGACGCUGGGCGCGUGGCGCGGAGACGUGGCCUUCGGCCUGCUGUUCGCGCUGCUGGGCGGCCUGUCGGUCGGGCUGUCCUUCCUGCUCAACACCGUGAGCGUGGCCACGCUCUGCCGCGUCUACCACGGCCGCGAGGCCGCGCGCCAGCGCCCGCGGGACUGCGAGGUGGAGAUGAUGGUGCAGCUGGUGGGCAUCAUGGUGGUGGCCACCGUGUGCUGGAUGCCCCUGCUGGUCUUUAUAGCACAGACCUUGCUGCAGACGUCGCCUGUCAUGAGCCCCUCUGGGCAGCUGUUGCGGACCACGGAGCACCAACUACUCAUUUACCUGCGCGUGGCCACGUGGAACCAGAUCCUGGACCCCUGGGUCUACAUCCUCUUUCGUAGGUCUGUGCUUCGGCGCCUGCACCCACGGCUCAGUUCACGGCUCCGAGCUCUGACCUUGCACCCGCCCCCAGCCCAGGCCACGCCCAGUGGGCCCUGAAGGACAGCAUCACCCAAACAUCACGUCCUCAGUGACGACCACAGACCCAUGUGCCAUCCCAGGAGCCCGAGUGCUCUGCGGACUAAAGAAGGGAGCCCCCAACUUAGGGAUGUCCUUCCUGAAUCCCCAGACUCCUCCCAGGACAACCUGGAGAUGUGGGAACGUGCGAGACCUGGAGCCUGAGUGGGGGCGUCCCCCACCAUGCCACAGACUGGGUCUGAGACACCAAGCUUCAUGUUCCUCUGGGCUGAACUCAAGGGUCAUCGACCUUGGGUGUUGGAAGCAUCCGUUGGGGUCCCCACAGCCAGGUCUGGAGUCCCCCUCCCCCGUGGCCACCCAAUGCACUUGCUCAAUAAACGGUUAAAUGGC